AUGCAUCGGUCUUCAGUUGAAUCUAGACAAGACGAUGUUCAUGCGGAACGGAUGGGUCUCGGAUGCCCCAUUCACGCUCAACGGAACGAACAUAUCCGAAUGCACCAGCUACGUUUAUCUGGGUCGGAACUGAACGUGAUGAACGACCUGGCCUCCGAGCCGGGCAGGAGAAGACGAGCGGCUUGGGGAGCGUACAAGAGCAUCGAGGAUGUAGUGAAGAAGACCAGGAACACCCGGCUCCGUGCUCACCUCUUCAACACCACCGUACUUCCUUCUUUGAUCUGUGCUUCGCAAACCUGGGCAUUUCGCAAGCAGGAAGAAGUUCUCUCCUACGUCAGCGAUCGAAGAUUAGAGACGCCGCAGCGUUUGCCAAGGAAAAUAAAAUAA